AUGGGUCGCAAUGGCGUUAAGGUGAUCAUUCGCACGCGGCCAACAGCGAGUUUUGCCACACACCAGCUGCAGAUCGACCCCGAUGACAGCACGAUCACCGUGUUAAGUGGCUCGGCGGCCCUCGCGGCAGCUUCUGGCGGCUUCUCACCACCCAAAACCGACGCUGGGCCAUCGAACCGCAAGGAUUGUUGGCAGUUCAAGUUCCACCAGGUGCUGCACAAUGCCGGCCAAGACCGCGUGUACGAGGCCAUCGCACGCGACAUUGUGCAUGGCGCAGUAGUGGACGGUAUCAACGGCACCAUCCUGGCCUACGGACAGACAGGAGCGGGCAAGAGCUUCACGAUGAUAGGAGAUACACGUAAUUACCAGCAUCGAGGCAUUGCACCGCGCGCUAUUGCGCAGCUGUUCGAGGAGGUGGAAAACCGUAUCGAGCUGCAGUACACAGUUCGUGCGUCGUACAUGGAGAUCUACAACGAUCGCAUCUUCGAUCUGUUGGAAGGACAACAAAGUGAUCGCAAUGGAGGAGGCAGCGGAGAACUCGUGGUAGUCGAGGACGCACGAGGGACGUAUGUGCGUGGUCUCACGCAGGUGGAAGUACGUAGUGAACAGGAGGCUCUGGACCAGCUUUUCAACGGUGAACUGCAACGUACUGUAGCUGAGCAUCAACUGAACAAACGCUCGAAUCGUUCCCAUUGUGUACUGACCUUCCACAUCGCUCAGAAAUCCCGAGCUGGGGGCACUGAACGCGUUACACUAAGCAAAGUCCAUCUCGUGGAUCUUGCCGGGAGUGAGAGACUGAAGAAAACGUUCGACAGCGAGCUAACCGGAAGCCCCACGAAAGCUUCGUCUAGAGUGAACUCCACGAUGUCUACGAUCAAGAAAGAGUCCAUGUAUAUCAACCAGAGCUUGAGUUUUCUAGAGCAAUGCAUCGUGGCCUUGGGCUCCAGAGAACCACGCCAUAUUCCGUACCGUCAGACGAAGCUCACGAACGUCCUCAAAGACUCGCUUGGAGGCAACUCGAAUACACUCAUGUUUGCUUGUAUCUGGGGUGAGGGACGUCAUCUUGAGGAAACCAUCUCAACGCUUAAGUUGGCGCAACGAAUGAUGCGAGUACAUAACGAAGUAGCCACCAUCGUGGAGACCGAUCCAGCUCUAUUGCUUCGUAAAUAUGAGCGACAGAUUCGUGACCUUAAGCACGAAUUGGUUAUGCACGACGCACUAGUAGAGCGUACAGCUGUGGUCUAUGAUGAGCACACGCCAGAGCAGAAACACCAGCUACAGCAAGUGAUACGACGCUACAUCGACGCACCGACGCAAGAGAUGGAAGACGAAGCUCUGCGACUGACGAGCGUCCACGAAAUCCGCGAGCUCUUUCGUCAAUUCAAGCUACUCUUUAAGAGCGAAGGACUGAGUUCAAGCACAGCGUCUAGGGAGAACGGGUCAGGCUCUCAUGGUAACUCCAGACACCCCAGCACUUCAACAAGAGCCGGGUCUGCUGGGUCGUCAGCGUCGAGAGUUCAGACUUCACUUGGCUCUCGAAAGGACCUUCAGAUCCAUGACGCUAACAGUGAAGAACUGGUGGGUGAAGAGGAACCUGGAGCUCUGGGAUUCCCUAUCGGUCUCGUGUCAGGUGCUGCACGACCUUCUACUAUGGACACUGGCAAGAAAAACCCUCGUGGGGGAGGAGCAAGUAGCGCCAAGCAGACUGCUAAUGGUCCUUCAGCCUCGCUAUCGUCGAGUGGAGUAGCGCUGCCAGGCAUCUCGGACAACAACGAAGAUGUUCGUGGAGAUGAUACAGCACUCUACGAAGCUGGAACGGAUGUUCCUACGUCGCAAGAUGUCGAGAAAAACAAUGCGUUCCAGUUCUACCGAUCUGCAGGACCUGGGAGGAAGCUUUAUCAGAAUCUACAGACCGAAAAGGACAAGUUAUUCGACGCUAAACAGCGUGUUAAACAGGUGACACGCCGUGUGAAUGCUGCCAAAGCUCAGAUCGAUUCUGUCCGUGCACAACUCGAAGACAAACGCAACCAACGAGGAGCUUUUGAUGCUGCGAAGCGUAAGGGCGCGGUCAAGCAGGUGCAAGAGCGUGACGAGGUUGUCGAUGAAGAAGAGUUCAUCCUUAUGACAGCUGAGCGAGAGGCUAAACGAGACUACCGGUCGCUUUUUGGAGACCUCAAAGACGCUAAGGCUGAGCUGGAAUUUGCUCUUCGCAGUGUCGAGCUUCUACGACGACGACUGGUGCGGGAAUUCGAGGACUGGUACGAGGACGAAGGACGCGCACACGCUCUUAGUAAGAACCAAAGUGGUGCGUUUGACGCUUACGCAAGACCUGCCUUUAGUAAGGACGAUUUCCUGGAUGACGGUGAGAAGUUCGAUCAAAUGGAGGUCGAACGCAUCCGAGCUCAGGAUCCCGACUCGUUGGCAUUCUUCCAAGCUCAGAAGAAGAUGAGGCAGCAAGCGAGUGCAACAUCGCAGCGAAAAGCUAAGCGUUGA